AUGGCGCCAUCAAAAGGAAUCAAACCUGGCUUGAAUAAAAGAAGUACCUCAGGACCAACAAAAGAACGUAGAAAUACUAGACUAAAAGAACAGUAAAUGAGAGAAGAAGAAGCUAGAAGGGCUUUACAUGAGAAAAAGAGAGUGUAUUUCGAUAGAAAUUAGGUUAAUAUUCACUCGGUUAUGUAUGAUGAUAACGCAGAAGAAUUCAAAGAUAUGAAAGAGGUUGUAGAAACUGAUGUGAAAUCUCCGAAUUUAAAGAGGAGGGCAACUAUUUAAAACUUCGCUUAGAUGUUUGAAGUUGGAAACAGGAAAUUGGAACAUGAUGAUUUUGAGCAGAGAUAACUGACUCUUUAAUAAGUUGAGGAGAAAAAAAAGAAAAACCUAGAGUGGAGAGCAUAAUAUCAUGAGCUUGAGGAGACAGUGGAGAAAUAAAAAGCAAGAAAGAGAGAAAAAAGUGAGUCAAGAAAAAUAUAGGGAGAUUUAAUUAGAGUAGUUCACACUGAAGAGAAUGAAAGUCAAAUUCAACCUAGGUUGAAAGAAUCAUUUUGGGAAAAAAUUGGAUUUAAAAAUAAAGCCAAGGAGGAUUAGAAUUUAACUGAAGCUCGAGACAAAAUAGACAAAGUUUAUAAAAAACUUAGAGACACUGCCAGAUUCAAUUACUAAAUAAAGAAAGAUCUUGAUGAUAGGAGAUAAUAAGUCAAGGCUCAAGCUAAACUUAAGAAGUAACUUUAAGAUGAACUCACAAAGCAAGAGCAAUUAUUAGUGAAUGCUAAUGAUGCUAUUGAGUUAGCUUUAAAAGACUAGGAUUAGUAAAAUCUUUCAAAUAAAAUGCUGGUAUCAUUAAAAGAAAAAAUAUUAAAAGAGAGUUAAACUUCAUAGAUAUCUACUCAUAAUAGGCUCUAGUAACAGCAUGAAUCAGCUUAAGCAAGUCUUGAAGAUUAAGAAGGCAAAUACUGGAGGAUUAAGCAUUCUUUUGAUAGAGAAAGAGAGAGGAACAUCAAUUACUUACAUUCAAAGGACGAAAGCAUGCUACUCUAAGAGGAAGAAAAUCAAAUCGAUCAAUAAUUAGCUAUGAGUAAGCCAUUAGUGACUGAAAUUAUGGAGUAUUUCAAUGCGAAAGAGAGUGAAAGCUAGGAGGAUGAGAAAAUUGAGGAGUGGGUCGAAGCUCUUUAAAUGGCAAUAGAAGAGUGUUUAAAUGCUGAGCAGAAAUUCCAAAAGGCAGCAUACUAUGAUGCUUAAAAAUUCCUUCCAUUUGAGAGAACUUAGAGAAGUGCAUAUACCGAAAAGCAUAGAUUCAAUCAAUGA